AUGGCGGCAAGACAACAGAUGGCGGCAAGACAUCCGCAUAGCCCGGCAGCCGACAAUGCCCAAGCCGCGCCAAGCAGCCUGCAAGUGGCGGUCAUCAAGGGGAAGGAUGGCAGAAACAGGGGGUUCGCGUUCGUGACGAUGUCGACUGCGGAGGAGGCGGCCGCCGCUGCUGAGAAGCUUAACUCCCGUGAACUUAUGGGAAGACCUGCACGCUUGAAUUGGUGGGAAAGUGGUGAUGAUAAGGUUGAAGUUGCAAAGGCCGACAGUGAAGUUGAAGUUGUAAAUAUUGAAGGAGCAAGCGUUGAUAAUGCCAGCACGGAUGGAGGUGAAGAUAAACAGGAAUAG